ACUAAUGUAAAUAAAGUUCUUGAGGACUUUUGCACGAUUAUUGUCAAGUGCAAAGUAGUUUUGAAACAUUUUAAAUAAGUCCUGGCUUUUUAAAAUGGGUCGCAAGGUUACAUUAGCGACUUGCUCCCUGAAUCAGUGGGCAUUGGAUUUUGAAGGCAACUUGACCAGAAUACUUAAAAGUAUUGAGAUAGCCAAGCUGAAAGGAGCCAAAUACAGACUGGGACCAGAGCUGGAGAUUUGUGGGUAUGGCUGCGCAGACCACUUCUAUGAAUCAGACACCCUGCUCCAUUGUUUCCAAGUACUGAAGUCACUCUUGGAGUCUCCUUUGACCCAAGACAUCAUCUGUGAUGUGGGAAUGCCUGUUAUGCAUCACAAUGUUCGUUAUAACUGCAGAGUAAUUUUCUUGAACAAAGAGAUUCUAUUGAUUCGUCCUAAAAUGCUCUUGGCAAAUUACGGUAACAACAGGGAAUUCCGAUGGUUUUCACCCUGGACUCGUCCCAGACAUAUUGAAGAGUACUUUUUACCAAGAAUGAUCCAGGAUGUGACAGGACAGGACACAGUGCCAUUUGGAGAUGGGGUCCUGUCGACCAAGGACACCUGCAUAGGGAGUGAAAUUUGUGCUGAGCUCUGGAACCCUAGAAGUCCACAUGUUGACAUGGGUUUAGAUGGCGUUGAGAUCUUUACCAAUUCUUCUGCGAGUUACCAUGAGCUACGCAAGGCUGACCACAGGGUAAACUUGGUGAAAUCUGCAACCACAAAGAGUGGAGGAAUCUAUCUAUUUGCUAAUCAGAAGGGCUGUGAUGGAGACCGUCUGUAUUAUGAUGGGUGUGCUAUGAUUGCCAUCAAUGGAGAUAUUGUUGCCCAGGGAGCACAAUUCUCACUUGAAGAUGUGGAGGUUGUCACAGCCACUCUUGAUUUGGAAGAUGUACGCAGCUAUCGAGGGGAGAGAUGUCACCCACACAUGGAGUAUGAACACAAACCAUACCAGAGAAUCAAAACAGAAUUCUCUCUGUCUGAUUGUAAUGACAUGUGUCUGCCCACACACCAGCCUAUGGAGUGGAUUUUCCACACCCCAGAAGAAGAGAUCAGUCUUGGCCCUGCCUGUUGGUUAUGGGACUACUUAAGGAGGAGUGGACAGGCUGGUUUCCUUCUUCCUCUUAGUGGUGGUGUAGACAGUUCCUCGACAGCCUGUAUUGUUUACUCCAUGUGUGUGCAGAUCUGCCAUGCCGUCAAAGAUGGCAAUUGUCAGGUGUUGGAGGACGUGCAGCGGGUGGUGAAUGAUUCGUCUUACAGGCCAAAUGACCCUCAUGAGCUGUGUGGACGCCUCUUUACUACAUGCUACAUGGCUAGUGAAAACUCCUCAGAGGACACGCGCAACAGAGCCAAAGAUCUCGCUGCUCAGAUCGGCAGUAAUCACCUGAAUAUCAACAUUGACAUGGCAGUAAAAGGCAUGCUGGGAAUCUUCUCCAUGGUAACAGGGAAAUGGCCUCAGUUCUGUGCUAAUGGGGGAAGUGCCAGGGAGAACCUGGCACUGCAGAAUGUUCAGGCUCGUAUUAGGAUGAUUUUGGCCUAUCUUUUCGCCCAGCUUUGUCUGUGGGCUCAGGGAAAACCUGGUGGCCUGUUAGUUCUUGGUUCAGCAAAUGUUGAUGAGAGUUUGACUGGAUACUUCACAAAGUAUGACUGCUCCAGUGCUGAUAUCAACCCCAUAGGGGGUGUUAGUAAGACGGACCUGAAGUGCUUCCUACAAUACUGUGUAAAACACUUCCAGCUCACUGCCCUUGUAAGCAUCUUGGAUGCUCCACCAACUGCAGAGCUUGAGCCAUUGACUGAAGGCAAGGUGGUCCAGACUGAUGAGGCUGACAUGGGCAUGACCUACUCAGAGCUGUCUGUGAUUGGCAGACUCAGGAAGAUCUCCAAGUGUGGCCCGUACAGCAUGUUUUGCAAGCUCAUACACUCAUGGAAAGAGGCCUUCUCACCUUCACAGGUGGCUACUAAAGUCAAACACUUCUUUAGGAUGUACUCAGUCAACAGACAUAAGAUGACAACUGUUACACCCUCAUAUCAUGCUGAAAGCUACAGCCCAGAUGACAACCGCUUUGACCUUCGUCCUUUCCUCUACAACACACGUUGGGCUUGGCAGUUCCGCUGCAUCGACAAUGAGGUGGCUACAAUGGAGGGACAUGCUGGUUAAUGUAGACCUGUUAUCUCCAUUGAUCAUUGGUCUAAAGAUUUCCCUCAUCCACUGAUGCAAUAUUAGUAGUACUUAGUAGUACUCUACACUCUUUCUGUCUUGACAGCAUGCAGUACUUACUUUAACGUUCUCCAAAAAUCUGUAGAAAGCUGCAAUGUUAUUGUUUAUCUUUUAAAUUCGUUUUUAAUUUGUAAACCCUAAAUACCCCUGCCCUGCAACUUUAUAUGUCACCAUUUGCAUUGCAAAUAAUCAGGUGUAUAAUUAUUGAUAUACUGUAUGGAUGAUGGAUGUUUAAAAAUUAAAUGAACAAUAUCAAAAUGCUGUAUAGAUUUACUGGCGGAGAAAAGAGAUCUUUAUUGUGAAUAUCUACAGUAUCUUUCAUUCAGAAAUUUGCAAAGGAAGCCACAUAGUACGUGGAUCAGCAGUCUGAGGCAUAAGUGUAAAGCACUGUUAACUAUCGGGUUGAAAAAAGCCACACUAAAUGACAGAAAAUGUUCCCCCAAAACAGACACUGUCAUUUACUCACCCCCAUGCCAUCCCAGAUGUGUGUGACAUUCAUUCUUCUGCUGAAAACAAACAAAGAAGAAUAUCUCAGCUCUGUAUGUCCAUACAAUGCAAGUGAAUGGCGUCCAAAACUUUGAAGCUCCAAAAAGCACAUAAAGGCAGCAUGAAAGUAAUACA